AUGCUAAAUAAGGUCGUGAAUCUGACAGAGUUGGACGUUAGCGAGAAUCACAUUGAGAUUUUGGAUUUGAGCGCAGUCGAGCAAUUGCAAGUGCUGCUCUGUUCCAAAAACAUUAUCACUGUGUUGACACUACACGGAAGAGCCCUAUCAACACUAAUAGCGGGAAAUAAUUUAUUGAAGAACUUUGCGGUCAUUGCAACACCCACAAAUUUAAAGCACAUAGAUGUGUCAUAUAACAAUCUGGAUGGCCUCCCCGAGUGGCUUGGAAGUUGUCAAGAGCUGCGCUCGUUAUUUGCGAGUAACAAUUACAUAAAAACCCUACCGGACCAUCUAUUUUGCAAUGAAAUGCCUUACCUGCACACGUUACAGUUGGCUUAUAAUCAGUUGCAUAAUCUUCCUACAAUACACAAAAAACUACCCAUACAAGAGUUGUUUCUACAAAACAACAGUAUAUCAACGCUUCCGGAAAAUUUCUUCAGAUGCGUCCAAAGUAUAAAGGUACUGAAUAUAUCAAACAACCGCCUUUGCAAAUUGCCCAAACCACAGAGUAAUUUAAGCUUAGAAAAACUGUUUAUAACUGCCAAUUGCCUGUCGGAUGGUUCGCUUGCGGAAGUGUCUCCAUACCUGGUGAACUUAAAAAUCCUACACGCGGCUUAUAAUAAUUUUACUUUUCUACCCGAAAAUUGUGGAUUAGAAUGGACGGAAAUUGAGGAACUGGUGCUAUCGGGAAACAAACUGAUAAGACUGCCUGACAGUGUGGGUUACCUAAAGCACCUAUCAGUGCUUCGAGUCCAUUCAAACUUGCUCCAAUCAUGCCCCACGUUAUCACAUUUGGGAUCACUACGCGUUCUCGACUUCGCCCACAAUCAUUUGGAUAAAAUCAACCUAUCAUCGCUCAUCCCUCCAAAUCUCAAGUUUCUAGACCUCUCUUGCAACUCAAAGCUUCACGUGGACUCGCAGCAGUUCCACACGUACAGAACGCAAAGGCCGAUGAGCUUAGUUGAUGUAUCCGGGAAGAACAGGACGAGUCUACCUUUAACCCCCUCGCCGUUCUGCGAAAACGACCUCACCGAAUCGGCAUGGGCGGUCGGGUUUUCGGAAACGUCAGGCUGCAAGCGACGACUGUACAUUUCCCAAAUCCGCUUGCCGGCGUUUUGCAACACGGAAGCGCUCUUCGGGAUGUUUGACGGCGAAAAUAACAGCGACGUCCCGAUUGCAAUUGAUAAAAUAGUUCCACGCAUCCUCUUGGAAGAACGAACCGUAAAAGAAACGGCAAACGACUACAUGAAGUACACCAUGUUAUCCACCCACAAAGAACUGAAAGACAAAGGGCAGAAGCACGGAAUGAACGCAGUCAUUGUGCAUAUUUUAAAAUCAAAGUCAUCGGUGGACUUCUCGUUUUGUGGUGGCGUGAAGAGGUACGUCAUGAAGAUUGCGAGCGUCGGCGAUAUGAAGAUUGUGCUGGGUCGAACCGUUGGCCCAUUGCGAUUGUUGCCAAUUAAACAGCGUAAACACAUACGCACUAACCCACAACUUAAUUACGUAAUACCCGAUCCUGAUAUAAUAGAAUUUCAGUUAGAAGAUAAGGACGAGUACAUGAUAAUUGCGAAUAAGAACUUAUGGGAGGUAAUGAGCCCAGAAAAUGCAAUUAGAGAAGUUAGUCUGCAGAGAAACAUUAUUUUAGCGGCGAAGCGUCUGCAAGAUUUAGCACAAAGUUACGGCGCGGAAGAAAAUUUAAGUAUCAUAGUUGUACGGUUUAACCUAAUUAGCUCUGAUGUCGAUCUGCUUAUGAGGGAACUAAGACAGACGAUUAGAAGAAAUAAGUACCAAAGCGAAAGUGGGCUUUCGAACGCGAGUACCUGCCAACCAGGCUGUUGCUGCGAAGCACUCAAUAAUGCGUGCAACAGCUGCAUAGACAAAAUUCCGAUUCCACCACCAAUGAUGAACCAUGAUGAUCGAUCUUCUCCGAGUGGGCAAAGUGAUCAAGCGUGUAGUGACUGCAAUUCUUCCGCUAAAAUCUUUAUUAAUCAGCUAAACAAGCAAAGCGACAAUCGUUCACUGCGCAGUUUUGCGUCAUCCCACUUCGAAGCGGCGGACGUUAAGGCAUCGCCGGAAAGACGAAGCUACCGAGGCGUCGCAAAGGCGGUUCGUGCACGCAAAGAAGAAGAAAAAGCUCGGGAAGAUUCCGAUUCUGCUCUAUCCGAAGAACAAUUUAAGUGCUGGGAGUACAUGCUCGAACAAAACACGCAGUUGCUCUUCGAUAAGGAGCUCAACACCUUAAACAAGAACAAAAGACCACAGUUCUCUGUAAAGAACCCAACAUUGUCGAGGAGCAACCCCCAGAUAGUUACCGAUAAUAACACGCAAGCAUCAUUCUUAUCCCGUCAGUUUGGCAGUUCCAGAUCAUUCAAUCCGUUGGUAUCGAGACCACCCUCUCGCCACCUGGGCGACAAAAAGCAAAUGCUCGGAGGUCCUCACGCUGCUUACUUUGGCAGUUUGCAGAGGUUAAUGCCCUACAAUCUCGAGUACGAUUUUGCUGUGAUGCAAGAGAGGGGGUUGGCGGAUUCGUUAGAUUUGGAUAGGAUGCAGCAGUAUUGGGGUGUAACCACAACCGAAUUGUAAAUUUAUGUAUUUAUAACUGUAAUAUUGUGAUUAAUUAGUACGGUAGGAAACUUGAAGAUGAUGUAAAAUAUUAUUUAUUUCACCUGUAAAGAACAAAAUUGCUAAUAGUUGUAAAAUACAAACAAUUGUUUAUUUUU